AUGCAGGAGAAUUCUGUGAAUCCAAUUGCAGUUGCAACACCAAGUGCGGGUAACGUGCUGGUCCUCCUAAAUACUUUAUAUACAUCUGGAUUUGCAUCACAUAGUCCAAGUCAACCACUACUCAGCGGGCGGACAAUGCACACAUUAUAUGCGAUAAGUUUUGUGAUAUACUCUGUAUCAUGUGUGGUUGAUUGGAUUUAUGCAUAUUGCACCUUGAGAGGAUAUGUUACAUCAUUUCCAUUAAAGACGGAAAUAGUUGUCGCUUUAGUUUCUAUAGCUGUAAUUGGAUCAAUGCUCAAUGCUUUAUUGCUUGCUUUCAAUAACUUUAGGAUAGUAUUUCUUUUUCUCGCUGUGCACGAUUUUCCUAUUACCAUUAUUAAUUUCUUUUUUAUAGCUGCCUGCCGUUGCGUUGGGCCAAAGGUUUGGCAGUGGCCUGUAGUGAUAAUUACUUUAACUACAACUGCGAAUGUUAUUUGGCGAUUGAUUAUGCUAUACAUUGCAUAUCAAAGAAUGAUUUGUCCGAUGAAAAAGGCCACAAGAAUUACUUCAUCAGUGCACAAUCCUUCAUUCAUGGAACAACUCAAAGCUAAUACAAGCCAAAAAGGAGGAGGGCGUUUGAACGAAUAUGAUGAAUGUUGGCCAACUCGAUAUAGCUAUCGCAAGGUUUUCGGUGAUCCAGAAGCUACUGAGGGUCGCGAAGAAUUAAUACAUUUUACAAUGCCUCAAAGUAAAUUAGCGCGAUGUAUUUGCUGUAAUAUAUUGGUCUUACUUGUUUAUAAGUUCUAUCUUGUUGUUCGCCUUGUUGCUAUCAUUACAUUUAUAGUAAGUAUAGCUUUUAUCAUCGACACAAAUGCUCUCGAUCAUUUAUCAGGUAAAGCUUAA